AUGGCGCCGCCGCCGCAAACUCCGGAGCCCCGCUUGGAAGCCUGUGCCUCGACGGCAUCGCUCUUUCUUUAUGCCCAGGACUCCGUGAUUUUAUGCCUCCACCAUGAUACACUGGCGGUGGAACGUCGAUUUCAGAGCCACCAGGAGAAAAUCGACUUUAUUUCAGUGGACAACGUCAGUGAGCGGGGAGCCGGGAGGCUGGUCGUGAGUUACGAUGUCGGACAGACGGCAAUCGUCUGGGAUAUAUUCACCGGCACGGAAAUCGCGCGAUUUGCGUCCUUUGAGCACUUGACAGUGGCAUCGUGGAUGCGCAAUGGCAAUGUUGCAUUUGGCAAUGGGAAAGGCGAGGUUAUUCUCUUCGAGCCCUCGACUUCGGAGCAUAUCUCAGCGCGCACCAUUUUUGAUCCUAUCACCGCGCUGGCACCCGCAACGGAUUGUCGGACUUAUGCCAUUGGGUACCAGAAUGGAUCGAUCUUGAUUGCGACUCUUCUCCCCCAAUUCACUAUCCUUCACACAUUAACGACUUCUCGCGGGCCAUCCCCAAUAAUUUCUCUCGCCUGGCAUGCUUCGUCCUCAAAACAAAAAUCAGACAUGCUGGCAACGCAAUCCUCAAACGGUGACCUCAGAGUCUGGAGUGUGGCGAAACCACCAGCGAAGGAGGCGCCUCGAGUAAUUAGGGUUUUGAAGCGAUCGGACUCGAGCUCCGCCGACCCGAAAUGGAUGGCAUGGUCUAAGAAUGGCAGAAUCAUUCAAUACUUGGAAGGUGAAACUUGGUCGUGGGAUGUUCGGACAAAGCACGUCUCGUACGACCCUGUCCCUACAAUAGAGAACGUGCAAGGCAUUGCAAACUACGGUCCUACGGCAGCGCUCUUCACCAUCGGCCCUCAUGGUUCGGUACAGCAGUAUGACGUGGAAACACCGGCAAUGGUAGCAAAUGUGCAGCAUGUCCCCGUUAGCGCGCGAUCAGCCGCCUCCGAAGAACCCAGAUCACGGCACUUGCAAGAUCCACCUGAUAUCCGAGAACAGAAUGGUCGUCGGACUCCGUUCAAACCCAACGGCGUCGAUAAACAGCAGCGGACAGAUCUGGCCAGCCCUGCCUCAUCCCGCAGUCGAACCAACUCCGUCAGUUCCAAGGAAUCUUCGGAGAAAUACCCGACUCGGCCUUUUUCACCACCGAGUCGGUCUGGUCGGAGUGCAACCACUUUCUCCCUGACAUCUACUGAAAGAGACACGCCGCAACCAUCAGCUUCCUUCGCCUAUGCCUCGUCGGUGUCUAUGUCCUCUGUCAAAAGUUCUCGUGCUGGGUCGCGAUUGCGCAAUGAGGUUCACCUCAGCCCAGCAGAGAGAAAUAUCAUUGACUUGUUCCCCUUUACUCGUGCACGUCUGAAUGAUGUGCCUUACAAACAACAACCGCCCAUGGAUGAAUCCCAUUUAACCCCAGAUGAUCUCCGCCGGCAAAUGCUGAAUGUGGUCUUCGGCUGGAAGGGGGAUAUUGAAGAGCUGAUUAGAGAUGAGUUGAGCCGCCACGCUGUGGGCAGUCAAAGCGCCAUACUGCUAUCGCAAUGGCUUGGCGAGACGGACUCUGACCAAAUGGCCUCGAUGAUCAUUCCUGGGGCAGUGACAACUUCCGACUGGAUGCUGUUGGCUUUAAGUCAGAUGAGUGGUCAAACACAGGCCAACAAAGUUGGCCAGGCUUUCGUGCAGAAGCUUCUUGAAAUUGGCGACAUUCAUACUUCAGCAUCUAUCCUACUCGGUCUCGGGGACAGCAAUGAUGCUAUUGAGGUCUACGUGUCUCGUAAUCACUUUAUGGAAGCCAUUCUCAUGACAUGUCUUCUGAUGCCAACGGACUGGCAACGACAAUCCUACCUGGUCCGCAGAUGGGGAGAAUAUGUUGUCUCUCAUUCCCAGCAGCAACUUGCAAUCCGCUGUUUCAUGUGCACUGGCGUCGAACCUUCCGAACCGUGGACAUCUCCAGGUGCCCAGCAAGCUGCCUCAUUUGCAGAUAUCCUCGGGCGAUCACCUCUGGCCUCGCCUGAGCCACCCCGGUCCAACAGCGCGAAUCGAAUGGCUCCACCCUCCCGUCCGAGAUCAGCAUCUAACCAGAAACCAUCUGUCAAGACUCCAGCGCUGAAGCUGAUUACCUCGUUUGAUGCUCAACCGAGCCAACGGUUCCGCUUCCCCGGAUUGAAGUCUGAUGACCGCACACCAACAAAUGCGCCUGGCGUUACUCCUAUCGCGGAGUCGGCUGUUGCUGACUCGGCCAUUUCUCCUGGAGGAUUUGGGUCAUACAAGCUCAACAAUAUCCAGAGUCUCAACCAAGCGAUGACCUCUCGGACUAGCACUCCGGCUUUCAACAGACGCCGCCUCCCUUCCAUUGGAGAAACCCCGGUGGAUGUGCAUCCUCCAUCAUUCUCUCGCUCAAAUUCUUACAGUCAAGGCGAGUACACAUCAACAUCGGAGAACGAGGAAGCCAGUGGUCAAGAGCAGAGCCGUGAUGGUCAAGAGUUAGAUGGUGGCCUACUGACGCUACCAUCUGCGACAUACAAUCCGCAGCAGGAAUCGCAGGGCCCCAGUCCACAAACGGCUGUACAGGCAAGCGACAAAUUUGCGUCUAUCAAAGGACUCCCCUCGCCUGCCCCUGGUGUGUUUGAUGCAUUGAAGGAGUACACAGAUCCCCGGAAUGGCUCUCGCGACCGCAAGCCAGAUGGACUCCAGAUUGAGUUGCUGCAUACCGAGCAGAGCCACUCGGACUCGCAAAACCGCUCUGACCUGAUUCCCAGUGCGAAGAGUACCUCAACCUUCAACAGCCAUGCAUCGAACAAGAGUCCUAGUGUCAGUGGCAGAAGUAUCGACCAGUACAUCAGCAGUUUAGAUGAGGCAAAUUACCAUGCGAGGAAACAUCGUGAUCAUCGCAGUCACGGCCGUGAAAGACGCAACGCAGAUGAAACAGGCAGCCAGAGCUCGCGCAUUCACCGUUCUCGUGAGCCAUCUCAAGAAACUCGCGGCCGCAAUGAUCGCCGAUAUAUCCAGCCUGCUAAACGCUCUCCCUCCUCUCCGAUCCCCAUGUCGCCCGAAGAGCUGGCUCGAUACCACAACGAGAAAUUCGAGGAAGGCCAGCCAUCCAAAUCAAAGUCUCGCGCAAGGAGUAGAAGUAAGAUGCGGAAAGGAACCUCGCGCACGAGAACUCCCUCCGAGCGCCACCGGAAUCGUUCGAAAAGUCGCAACACUGCGAGCCGCAUGCCUGGAGAUAGACGUGAGGCAUCGACACGAGGUCGUAGCAUUGAUCGAGAUGGGUCGAGCAACCGUUCUCCAUCCUCGCCACUUCCCAUGUCUCUUGUCCAGAACGACAACUUGAAGGGUGAAGGUGCGGAGGAUCCUCUGAGACUAGUUUCUAGUAAUCGAGAAAGAUUACGCAGUCGCCAACGGAGCGCCAGCCGGCGUCGAGCCGAGCGAGCGACGAGUGCCAGGCCAGAACCAUCGCAAGAGGCAAGAACUAAAGUGUCGCAUCAUCGAUCUCAGUCGGAAGUUGAGCCAGGCAUGGUUGUGCAGCCCGCAGAGCCGGAGCUUUUGAGUGCGAAGGUCUUUGGGCAAGAAGUCGAUGUCUUUGCCAAUGGGAACCCCCAAGAGCCGUCCUAUCCAUCUGCAGAUGAAUCCCAAGAUGCGGUUUCGCCAACAACGCCAUUCGUCACCCUGGCUGAGAAGAAACGGAGAGAGCUAGCAGCUGCUGAGCUGGAGGCAAGGCGACUAUCGCUGGCACGCAAUCCCUCAGCUCCCAACAUCCCAUUCCCAGGUGAACUACAGAGCGCUCGCAGCCCAAUUCUUGAAGGCUCCCCUGCUUCAUUCCAGGGAAACUCAUACUUCCCGCGUGUGCCUUCUCGCAACCAGAUUCCCAAGGCUAAAGGAUCACCGGAAUCCCAGAGCAGUUCCGAUUCUAGUUCUUCUAGAUCUGGUGUUCCAAUUGGUCUUCCGGCAACUCCCAGGGCAAUGCGGCAUCCCAAGUAUGGCGUUGGAACCGAGGCGGAGCGACCUCCCUCUGUUCCUAGUCUACCAGCAGACAGUUCUAUUUUCCUGGCCGAUUCCAGAUAUCAGUUCGAAGCCGAGCGGAUCGGCCGGUCUAUGUCCGUUCCCAUGGCGGAAUACCACAUCCCCGCGGCACCGGAGAUCCCACAAGAUGUCCCCAUGCACCCUCACUUCAACCCUUCUCUCCCUCGAAGCCGCUCUGGCAGUCGCAGCCGGAACAUGGGCCACCGCCGCACCAGUUCUGGCGGCCAUUCACCCGGCACAUCGCCGCAUGUGACAGUGAGCAUCGAAGAGACAAUAGAGAACGCAAUGCACCAGCAGGGACGACCAUCCGCACGACAACCCGAAACCAUCCCACCUCCACCACCACCCCCAAUCCUGCCCGAGCUGCAGCACCUGAACACACCUCCUCCUCCACCUCCUAUCCCAGGUGACAGGAACAACCUCGGCUCCCCGCGCCAAUCAUCCGCAACUAUCGACAUUGCCAUCGACAACGAGAACAUGGGAAGGCUCCUCCCACGCGCCGUAACCGCUGCUCCAGCCCUAAACGGGAAUGAAACUCGUCCUUCUCUCGGCCGGCGCAUGUCUUUUGAUCAUCGCCGGAACCGCAGUGGGAAUAACGAGAGCUUCACUAACAAGCUGCGCAGCUUGACCCGCAUGCGCACGAACAGCCGCAGCAUUGAGCCGGGAGCUCUGACUAGCCUUUCGCCUGAGAUGCCGUAUGAGACUUUCCACUCUCAGAAUCAGAGUUAUGGGGUCUAG